AUGGCUCCAAACGAGGCAGGGGAUGAACUUGUUUUCUUUGUGAAUGGUAAAAAGGUGGUGGAAAAAAAUGUGGACCCAGAAACAACCCUGCUAAUUUAUCUACGAAGAAAAUUGGGCCUGUGUGGAACCAAACUAGGCUGUGGAGAAGGUGGAUGUGGUGCUUGCACUGUUAUGAUAUCCAAGUAUGAUCCCUUUCAGAAGAAAAUCCUCCACCAUACUGCCAAUGCUUGUCUCUUCCCUGUCUGUGCCCUGCAUCACGUGGCUGUAACUACUGUUGAAGGAAUAGGAAACACAAAAUCCAGGCUGCACCCAGCCCAGGAGAGAAUAGCAAAAAGUCAUGGGUCCCAAUGUGGCUUUUGCACUCCAGGCAUUGUCAUGUCCAUGUACACAUUGCUUCGGAACAACCCCGAGCCCCACAUGGAGGACAUUGAAGAUGCUUUCCAAGGUAACUUGUGUCGGUGUACAGGCUACAGACCCAUUCUGGAAGGAUACAGGACAUUUGCUAAAGACAUGAGUUGCUGUGGCAGAGUUGCCAAUGGCACUGGAUGCUGUCGUAGUGGGAGGGAAAAUGCCACGAAUGGGGGCUGCUGUGGAGGAAAAGCCAAUGGUCCGGGCUGCUGCAUGAAUGGAAAAGAAGACAGUAUGACCAUAACAUCCUCCAGCCUGUUCAAUUCCUCUGAGUUCCAGCCACUGGAUCCCACACAGGAGCCAAUCUUCCCACCUGAGUUAAUGACUCAGAGUAACAAACAGCGGAAGCAGAUGUGUUUCAAAGGUGAACGUGUGAUGUGGAUCCAGCCCACAACUCUCAAUGAACUGGUGGCUCUCAAAUCCCAGUACCCCAAUGCCAAACUCGUUGUGGGGAACACAGAAGUGGGUAUUGAGAUGAGGUUAAAGAACCUGUUGUAUCCAGUGAUUAUAGCACCAGCAUGGAUCCCUGAAAUGAAUGCUGUUCAGCACACGGAAACAGGGGUCACCAUCGGUGCUGCCUGUACCUUGAAGUCAGUAGAGGAGGUGAUGAAAAAAGCUGUGGCAGACCUUCCUCCAUACAAAACAGAGAUCUUCCAGGCUAUCCUGGAACAGCUGCGCUGGUUUGCAGGGCCACAGAUCAGGAAUGUUGCUGCUAUUGGUGGGAACAUAAUGACAGCAAGCCCAAUUUCUGACUUAAAUCCUGUGUUAAUGGCAAGUGGAAGCAAACUGACUUUGGUAUCUAAAGAGGGCAAAAGGACGGUCACGAUGGAUGAGAAGUUUUUCACUGGCUACAGAAAGACAAUAGUUAAGCCUGAAGAAAUACUUCUCUCUGUUGAAAUACCCUACAGCAAAAAGGGUGAAUACUUCUCAGCUUUCAAGCAGGCUUCCCGUCGUGAGGAUGACAUUGCUAUUGUGACCUGUGGGAUGAGAGUCCUGUUCCAAGAUGGCACAAGCCGAGUGGACGAGAUAAAACUAAGCUAUGGAGGAAUGGCUCCUACCACUGUCUUGGCACUAAAAACUUGCAAGGAACUCACUGGCAGAGACUGGAAUGAGAAGCUGCUGCAGGAUGCCUGCUCCUUACUGUCGGGUGAGAUGGAUCUGUCUCCUUCUGCUCCUGGGGGGAUGGUGGAUUUCCGACGCACACUCACCCUCAGCUUCUUCUUCAAGUUCUACCUGACAGUCCUUCAGAAACUGAGCAAGAGUGGCACUAAAAUGAUGAGUGAGCCUGUCCCUUCAAACUACAUCAGUGCUACAGAGCUCUUUCACAAAGAUCCCAUUGCAAAUGCCCAGCUCUUCCAGGAAGUGCCCAAGGGGCAGGCUGUGGAAGAUAUGGUGGGCAGGCCUCUUGUGCACGUUUCAGCAGCCAAACAAGCCAGUGGAGAAGCUGUGUACUGUGAUGACAUUCCUCACUAUGAGAACGAGCUGUACUUAACGCUGGUGACCAGCACUAAGGCCCACGCUAAGAUCCUUUCUGUAGAUACCUCUGAAGCUCAGAGUGUUCCUGGGUUUGUGUGUUUCGUCUCUGCCAAGGAUGUUCCUGGCAGUAACAUCACUGGCAUCGCUAAUGAUGAGACUGUCUUUGCUAAGGAUGUGGUCACCUGUGUGGGUCAUAUCAUCGGGGCAGUCCUUGCAGACACACAGGAACAUUCCAGGAGAGCAGCCAAAGCUGUGAAGAUUAAGUAUGAAGAACUUAAACCUAUUGUCACAAUUCAGGAAGCGAUUGAGAAACAAUCUUUCUUUAAAGAUAUAAAGAGGAUUAAAAAGGGAGAUGUGAAGAAAGGAUUUGAAGAAUCUGAUCACAUUUUGGAAGGAGAGAUGUACAUUGGUGGUCAGGAGCAUUUCUACCUGGAAACUCACUGUACUUUGGCUGUGCCAAAGGGAGAAGAUGGUGAGAUGGAACUCUUUGUGUCAACCCAAAACCCAAUGAAGACACAGGAGUUUGCUGCUAAUGCACUGGGAGUGCCUUCAAAUCGGGUUGUGGUUCGAGUAAAAAGAAUGGGAGGAGGAUUUGGAGGAAAAGAGACUAGGAGUACUAUUUUGACAUCUGUAGUGGCUGUUGCUGCCUUCAAAGCUGGCUGUGCAGUGAGGUGCAUGCUGGAUCGAGAUGAGGACAUGCUGAUAAGUGGUGGGAGGCACCCCUUCCUGGGAAGGUACAAGGUAGGAUUCAUGAAGAAUGGCAAAGUCAAGAGUCUGGAGGUGUCGUACUACAGCAAUGGGGGCAACUCUAUUGACCUCUCUCAUGGUGUAAUGGACAGAGCCCUGUUACAUUUGGAUAACUCCUACAACAUCCCCAAUGUCAGCAGUGUGGGCAUCGUUUGCAAGACCAACUUGCCUUCCAAUACAGCCUUCCGUGGCUUUGGAGGGCCCCAGGGAAUGAUGAUUGCUGAGUGCUGGAUGAGUGACCUUGCUCGGAAGUGUGGCCUGCCACCUGAGGAGGUGAGGAAGCUCAAUCUCUACCACGAAGGAGACACAACUCAUUUUAACCAAAAGCUGGAGGGAUUUACUCUACGAAGAUGCUGGGAUGAAUGUUUGUCCAGCUCCAGCUAUCAUGCCAGGAAGAAACUGAUUGAAGAAUUCAACAAGCAGAACCGCUGGAAAAAGAGAGGGAUGAGCAUCAUUCCUACCAAAUUUGGCAUCAGUUUCACUGUCCCAUUUCUGAACCAGGCUGGAGCUCUGGUCCAUGUGUAUACAGAUGGCUCUGUGUUACUUACACAUGGGGGGACUGAGAUGGGUCAAGGACUUCACACCAAAAUGAUUCAGGUUGCUAGCAGGGCCCUGGGAGUCCCCACCUCCAAAAUUUACAUCAGUGAGACCAGCACAAACACUGUCCCAAAUACCUCCCCGACAGCUGCUUCAGUCAGCGCGGACAUCAAUGGGAUGGCCGUCCAUAAUGCAUGUCAGACCAUCUUAAAAAGACUUGAGCCAAUCAAACAGUCUAAUCCCAAAGGAUCCUGGGAAGACUGGAUUAAAACUGCCUACGAGAGCUGUGUCAGCUUGUCAGCCACGGGGUUUUAUAGAAUUCCUGAUGUUGGCUACAACUUUGAAAAGAACGAAGGGAAACCAUUCUCCUACUUCAGUUACGGAGUUGCCUGCUCUGAGGUUGAGAUAGACUGCCUGACAGGUGACCACAAGAACAUUCGCACAGACAUUGUUAUGGAUGUCGGUACCAGUCUAAACCCAGCCAUAGAUAUAGGACAGAUAGAAGGAGCCUUUGUCCAGGGCAUUGGGCUCUUUACCAUGGAGGAGCUGCGCUACUCUCCUGAAGGGAACCUGUACACUCGAGGGCCUGGCAUGUACAAAAUCCCAGCAUUUGGAGACAUACCAACAGAAUUCUAUGUGUCCCUUCUCCGUGACUGCCCCAAUAGCAAGGCAGUUUACUCAUCCAAGGCUGUGGGAGAGCCACCGCUGUUCCUGUCUGCCUCAGUGUUUUAUGCCAUUAAAGAUGCCAUCUACUCAGCGAGGAAGGACUCUGGCCUGACGGAGGCAUUCAGGCUGGACAGCCCUGCCACCCCAGAGAGGAUCCGCAAUGCUUGUGUGGACAUCUUCACCAAAAUGUGCCCUUCUGCUGAGCCAGGGACCUUUAAGCCAUGGUGUGUGCGUGUGUAG